GUGUGCCUCCAGUGCCAGAAACAAAGCUGUGGUUUUUCCCAAGUCACGCUAGGCAGAGGUGCACACGGUGAAGCGAUGCUCACCACAUCUGUGGCUGAAAGCAGAGCUCAAUGGGCUGUCGGCAGAGCAGCGGUUCGCCCCGCUCCCAGCAGCGCCCCCAGACUGAGCAGUGCGCGUUAUUCCUGGCUUCACGUGGUGCUGCAGUUCAUUGGAAUCCUUGGGAAUGUAUCUCCAUGUUUCCCAUGGGUCAGUCUGUACCUGGAGAACUGAGGCAUGAGCGAGGUGCCCCUGGGUGCUCGUGAACUGCUGCUCGAGGCCAGUCGUUUCUCCAUGCGUUGGGGCUGUUGGUAUUGCUGUGGGUGGCUCUUAAAGCUGCCAGUCCUGGGCAUGCUGUGCGUUCCUCUGCCUGCUCCCGAGGGGAGCUGGUUUUAUCCCAUAGGAGAGACUGGAGAACGUAUAGAAGAAUCUUCAGGAUGAUGGUGGAACCCGAGGUUGUGCUGCAGGUGGUGCACUGAAACAGUAUCACCAGCGGGGCAAAGCAAGUUCUGUCUGUGCAGAUGAAAACCUCCAGCAUAGACUCUUGUGUUCAGCAUUCACGAUUUGCAAACGUGUGUGCAGCAGUACCGACAAGUGAUUUGGAUUAGUGCCUCAGGGUGCAGAGAGCUGGCAAAAGCAGCUGGAAGGUGUGCGGAGCACUGGAAAGCCACGUAAAGAAAACAGCCCUGCGCACUCACUGGUGUUUAUCAGCUCCAUGCCUGGUGGGAUGAGUGAUGCUGAGCGCGGGGCGUGCGAGGUAGGUGUCCUUUGGAGCCGCGCCUGCUGAGCGCUGGAGGCAGCAGCGUGCUGCACUCCUGGAAACAAUUCCUCCACAGGAGAAAAACAAAUUCCACUUCGGCUGCUUGAGGAAUGGGGAGCAAAUGCUAAUUCCCUUUCAGGGUCUGUUGCCAUGGGGAGUCGGUUCAAAUCCUUUCUAAUGCGGUCCUCAGCAGCAAGUUGUGCUGACACAUGCUUUUCACGACUCCCCAGAAAGAGCAGAGGAAUGACUUGAAACAAAAGCUCUGCCAGAAUUAAUGGCCAAGGAAGGUUAGGGCUUGCUGUUUGCUAACGUGGGCUGGGCAGAUAAGGAAGCUGUCCGUUGCAGAGCCCAGCGCAGCCUGGUUGGCCUUCGGCCACCGUGCCAUGUGCUUGCAGGGCAGGAAUGGUGCGGGGCAACUUGUGCUGCACAGGGAGCUCUCUUCUUCCUCUAGAAACCGUUCUGAGGGAAUGCAAUAAGAAAAGGAUCAGAUAUUGGCUGAUUUUCCCUUCUGUUACCAAUCAUCCUUCUUUCAUGCUGAAUACUCCCUGUUGAAAAGGGAGUGUCACUUUGGGACAGUUUUUGAUCUUCCUCUUUAUACUGCAAGAUACUUUAAAUUCUAGGAAGCACUCACGUAUAGAGUGCGUAGUUGAGAAAGGGAAAAAAAAGGCUUAGUGAGGUAGAUGGGAAUUCUUUAUGAUAGCAAUGCCAAUUUUGUAGGCAAAAUUGGUUUUUUGCAACAGCAUUGAAUUUACAACCUGAUGUUGCUGGCAUGCCCUGCCUGUUCUGCACUUGCCCUGCAUUUGUGAUAUUAGUAACAUUUCUGCAAGCUAUUUUGAAUAAAUGUAGAUAUUUGAUGCUGAUUGCAGUGGAGAUUUGCACGGAUGAUGUGUGGAACCCUUAAAGCCUGUGGUUGUAUGGCAGUUAAGUCUCAAUCUGCCUGAAUUCAGACCAGCUUAAAUGCUUAGCAAUAUUUGGGUGACUGUCAAUGCCUUAGCGAAAGGAAAAGCCCAGGGCUGCAGGCGGGUGGGUACCCUGUGAAAUACUGUCAUAUGGAGGGUUUGUAAUCUUUUUGGAUGCCAUUUGCAGGCCCAGUGAUGGCUAAGCUGUUCAUCUGAUGGCUACUUUGUUUUGGAGAUACUGUUUAAGUGCUGCCUUUGCUGUGUAACAUCUGGUUUCGGUGUGCAAGCUUGAAGGUUUUUCUACAGGAAGAGCUGAUGUUUCUUUCUUUACAAAGUGACCAAACGUGGACUAGGAGCGGUAGCUACUUCUCUCCUGCCUCCGUAUUAAGCCUUCCUUGCAGGGAGUCACACCAGAUGACCUUCAAAGGUCCCUUCCAACUCAAACCAUUCCGUGGUUCUACGAUGGUGUGUUGAUGGCUGAUGAUAAGCAGAUGCGUGAGGAAACCUGCAGGCUUUUGGAACCUGUUCCAGAGAAAGAAAGUUGGCAAAAGCAUGAGUUUUCCUGGUUGCACGUUGUGAUGCAAACUAAAGUGCAGAUGACUUCACUCCAUGUCUUCGGUAUCUAUUAUUUCAAAAUAUGAACAUAGUGGAGGGCUGAGUUCUUGGGCCAGUGCAGGUAAGCUGGGAUCAGUGUCCUAUCUUCUCUGCUUGCUGCUGCAGUGAGCGUGCCACGCUGCUGAGUGAAGGCAGUGCCUUUAGAAAUGCUGUGGGGCUUGGUCUGCAAUGUCUCUUUUGUUCUGUUCCCAAGAUAUUCAAGGAAAUCAUUUCCUUAUUCUCAAGCUUAAGGUAGAUGAGUUACGCUCUCUGUCCUAGCGGUCCAUGUGGACCUGUGAAGCUAACUUCCUUGGCUUUUGAGUGCCUUGGUGUUCAAUGAGGAAAGUUCAAGGCGUUACUUCCACUCUGAUGAGGUGUUUAUUUUUCCAGUUUGCAAUACCUGGAAGCUGUGUGUGUGAUGGGGGUCGGCAGAGGUUUGGGGUGCAAUCCCAGGUGCCAGAUUGAGAGAGAGCCAAUGUGUGCCUGGGAGGCGUGCUCCUGCUGCUGGCUCCAUGCAGAGGGCCUGCUGCCCUCCCACACAGAUGGCAGGAGCUGCCCGUCUGCUCUACGGCCACAUCUGGAGCUCAUGCAGAAUUACUGACAGUAAGGUGCUUAGCGUGUCCUUUGUUUGGUUCUAUGUUUCUCUUCCCAUUUCUAACCUGAUUUUUUCUUGUCUCUGUCAUUCUUUUACUUUAUGCCUCUUGUAGCUUCCAGAAUCCCUGAGCUAUUUUCAUUGUAAAAUUUAUCACCAAUAGUAUUUGAAAUGAGUGCAAGUUUCCAAAAUCUGGAACUUCUGUGUAUUGUUUUCUGGACUUCCUUUUCUGCUGCGGAUGGAAUUGCCAGUCACACGGGGGUUUCUAUAUUUCAACUUUGCAGAGCUUAUUAUGGAAUAUUUAUUUUUCCCGUGCACCAUUUUUUGCUAGCGAAAGGAAUCCCUUUUUUUGAUUCUUUCUGCCCUGUUGGCUGGGCUGGCAGUGGAACGUGAGCUUGGAAGCUGGAGCUGUGGCUUUGGCAGGGGAGGUACCAAUGAGCCGCACCACCCGCUGCUGGCAGGAACCAUUUGUGCUAUCAGACUGACUUAAUGUUAUCUGUCAGAGUGCUUCAGGAGCAGGAAGGGGAGAGGGCAGGUGAGACAAGAGGAGAUUAGCAAUCUCUCCGCCCUGUAUAUUGCUGGCUUAACUACCAACUCAUCUGUCUGAGUGUUCUGCAGAGAGCUGUGCACAGGACAAGGGAGUUCCCACGUGCUAAAUGGACGUGUGUGGGAGCAGGGCUUGGGGGUGCUGCCCUGUUGGUGUCCAGCCUGUGCAGCAAGAAGUAUCUGUUACAGCCCACAGAUCAGCCUCUGCCUUCAGAAGGAUCUUUUAUGUUUGGCUCUACGAGUUCUAGAAUCCAUUUCAUAAGAUAUUUUCAGAAAACUUUCCUUGGGAGGAGUUUCCCCUGCUAUCGUAAUGAUAACAAGGAGUCACAUUUGUUCAUCUCAUCCCCGUGUAUCCACACAGAUGUGUUUCUGCGUGCGCAAGUAUGCAUGCAUGCACAUAACUCGAACUUAUUUUUUUCUAUCAAACUUGAGCAAAAUCGUUUACUUUCAGUAAUAACUCCCAGGAUCCCAGCUUCGGGAUCCUGCCUGCAUCCCCCGCUGCUGGGGGAACCUUUGUUGUACGCAGCAGCACGGUGCUGUGCUCUGAACAAGGGCGUAUUGUGUGAGCUGGGAGGGAGGGGAGGGGGCUGCGGGGUUCCUUCAGAGCUGUGAUAUGAGUUCUGCGGGGGAGCUGAGCGAGAGAUGCGAUCUCUCUUUCUUUGUGUAAAUUCCAACUGAUAAAUACUUGAGACAAUUUUCGUAGUUAAAACACGGCGAUGAUUGCCUUUCCAAUGCCUGAAGGAAAAUCCUGGCAGUUGGCUGGGUAGCAGGGAUAACGUUAUUUCUGCCCUUUCAAAGUAACUGUCAGCUUGUGCCUUACUAAUUAACACCAGAAGAGUGACCGUAGUUGUGGUGAGCUAUAAUGAAAGCUCAUGGCCUGCGAGGGCAAAAGUCCAAGAAAUGCACAAGUCUGGCAGAGUUGUGAUGGGUAUUACUGUGUAGUGGUCCCGGUUCCAGUAAAAUAGGCCUUUAAACGCUAUGUGGUCCAUACCCAAAACGUAGACUGUAAUGGAGACAGAUGGGCUGGGUGCAGGUGGGAGGGAGAUGAGAUGGGUGACAGAGGCAGACCAGGGCUGGUGUGGCUGCUGGGCCGGGCCUUGGCCAGACAGCACAGGGGAUCCAGUGAAAGGAUGCGUCUGAACAGCAGGUCACUUUUAAUACAAAAGAAAUAUGAAAUGCUGAUUUGUUGAGCUGUAACCGUAACUGCACGGUAAGCCCUGCUGGGUGGGAUGGGGCUCUGCAAGGCCCAGCUUGCAGAACAAAAGGCUGACAUUGUCUGAAUGGGAGUUGGGUGAACUGGCUCAAACACAGCCUCGUCUUGAGUUAUAGCCACCAGCUUAUUAAUGAGUUAACUUAUACUGUUUUGGUCUCUGAAAAUAAUUGUUCUAAUUGUUGCUAUUGUCCCGGGUUGUGGCAGUGGAACUGCAGAACAGCUCAUGGUGGAAGCUUUCCCAGGCACCGGAGGGGGAUUGUUUCCCACCUCAUUGUUACUGCUUGGCUUCAGCUGCUCGCGCUCCCUCGCUUGGCUGGGCUUUGCUUGGCGUUGGCAUGCUGUGCUGGUCCAUUUUAACUGCCUGAUACAUACUGCUGCCUGGGUCUGGGGAACGCUCGGCCCAACAGAGCUCUGGGGCUCAUGGCCAGAAACACUGCUGUCUGCUCCAGGCGCUCGGGUGGGAGCAUCUGCUGCCCAUUACCCAUGUGUGCUCCCACGCCCUUGUCUCUGCUGGGAGGCAUACCCGUCCUGUGCUGGGAUCCUCAGCCUUGGUGGGCUGGGGGUAUGUUGGGCCAGCAUGGACCUGUGUGGGAAGGGGUUGGUGCCUGUCUGUCCCUUUCUCCUGGGGUUCUCUGUUUGGUUCUUGUGAUGGGGGUAAAACAGAGACAUGGGAAGCAAGGAGAUAGUAAAGCAGAUUGAUGGUUCAUCAGCUGCUUCAGCACAACGUGGAGCUGGGUGGCUUUCUUUGAUGGUGAGCGGAAGGUCUCAGGAUGAGUUACUGGAGUCUGGAUAAGAAAAGCUGUCUGCAGUACUGCAGACACUUCUUGGCAGACAACGGCGUGUUUCAUGUUGAAAGAUGCAUGAGUGUUAUGCAGUCUGGGACUCAGAUGGUUAAGCUGAAGAGUGGAACCAAAGGGCUCGUUCGUCUCUUCUACCUGGACGAGCACAGGACCUGCAUCCGAUGGAGACCGUCCAGAAAAAGUGAAAAGGCAAAAAUUGUCAUUGAUUCUAUUUACAAAGUGACCGAAGGCCGUCAGUCUGAAAUCUUCCACCGCCAUGCAGAGGGGAGCUUUGACCCGAGCUGUUGCUUUACCAUUUACCAUGGCAACCACCUGGAGUCACUGGAUCUGAUUACCUCUAACCCAGAGGAAGCUCGCACCUGGAUCACAGGGCUGAAAUAUUUGAUGGCUGGGAUAAGCGAUGAGGACUCGCUUGCUAAGCGACAGAGAACUCAUGAUCACUGGGUGAAACAAACUUUUGAGGAAGCUGACAAGAAUGGAGAUGGCCUGCUGAACAUUGAAGAGAUCCACCAGCUGAUGCAUAAGCUAAAUGUUAACCUGCCCCGCAGGAAGGUCCGGCAGAUGUUUCAGGAAGCUGACACAGAUGAGAACCAAGGAACUCUAAAUUUUGAAGAAUUUUCAGUGUUUUACAAGAUGAUGUCGUUGCGUCGAGACCUCUACUUACUGCUCUUAAGCUACAGUGACAAGAAAGAUCACCUCACCGUUGAAGAACUUGCUCAAUUUCUGAAGGUGGAACAAAAGAUGAGUAACGUGACGCCAGAAUAUUGUCUUGACAUCAUACAGAAGUUUGAAGUAUCAGAAGAAAACAAGGAGCAGAACGUGCUUGGGAUUGAAGGUUUCACCAACUUCAUGCGCAGUCCUGCUUGUGAUGUUUUUAAUCCAUUGCAUUGCGAAGUGCAUCAGGAUAUGGAUCAACCCCUUUGUAACUACUUCAUUGCUUCAUCUCACAACACGUACCUGACAGGAGACCAGCUGCUGUCCCAGUCUAGGGUGGAGAUGUAUGCACGAGUGCUGCAGGACGGUUGUCGAUGUAUUGAAGUGGAUUGCUGGGAUGGUCCAGAUGGAGAGCCAGUAGUGCAUCAUGGGUAUACGCUUACCUCUAAAAUAUUCUUCCGUGACGUGGCAGAAACUAUCAAUAAGUACGCCUUCAUCAAAAAUGAGUUUCCGGUGAUACUGUCUAUUGAAAAUCAUUGCAGUAUUCAGCAGCAAAAGAAGAUUGCUCAGUACUUGAAGGAGAUACUUGGUGACAAAUUGGACUUGUCAUCUGUGGUCACCGGAGAUUCCAGGCAGCUUCCUAGCCCUCAAAACUUGAAAGGGAAAAUCCUAGUGAAGGGAAAAAAGUUGCCAUACAGUCUUGGAGCAGAUGCUGAGGAAGGAGAAGUUUCUGAUGAGGAUAGUGCUGAUGAAAUUGAAGAUGACUGCAAGCUGAAAUCCUGCUAUAGUAACGGUGCAACUGAGCAUCAGGUGGAAUCUUUUAUAAGAACAAAGCUUGAAUCCCUGCUAAAAGAGUCCCAGAUCAGGGACAAAGAAGAUCCUGACAGCUUCACGGUGAGAGCACUGCUAAGGGCAACUCACGAGGGUUUAAGUGUUAACCUGAAGCAGAACCUGGACACAAAAGAAGGUGGGAAGAAGUCUCAUAGUCGAUCGUUAAUGGGCAACUUUGGUAAACACAAAAAAACAGGGAAGGCAACAUCCAAAUGUAGCACAUCAGAUGAUGAUGAAAAUCAGCAAAACUCUUCUGGAAAGGAAGCAGGACAGCUGCACAGUAGACUGACUCGUCGAAGGAAAACUGUGAAGCUGUGCCGAGCUCUGUCUGACCUAGUGGUGUACACAAACUCUGUGGCAGCCCAGGAUAUAGUAGAUGAUGGAUCAACAGGGAAUGUGCUGUCAUUCAGUGAAACAAGAGCCCACCAAGCAGUGCAGCAGAAGGCUGAACAGUUCAUGCUUUACAACCAGAAACAGCUUACAAGGGUUUAUCCAUCAGCGUAUCGGAUUGACUCCAGCAAUUUCAAUCCUUUACCUUACUGGAAUGUUGGUUGCCAGCUAGUGGCACUAAACUACCAGUCUGAGGGACGUAUGAUGCAAUUAAACGAAGCAAAAUUUAGGGUAAAUGGCAACUGUGGUUACGUCCUCAAACCUCAGCAGAUGUGCAAAGGCUCAUUCAACCCCUAUUCUUCAGAUCCACUUCCUGCUAGUCCUAAGAAGCAGCUCAUCCUGAAAAUCAUCAGUGGACAGCAGCUGCCUAAGCCUCCUGACUCAAUGCUAGGAGACAGAGGAGAGAUAAUAGAUCCCUUUGUCGAGGUGGAAAUUAUUGGGUUACCUGUUGACUGCUGUAAAGAUCAGACCAGGGUGGUUGAUGACAAUGGGUUUAAUCCUGUUUGGGAGGAAACGCUCACUUUUACCAUCCAUAUGCCUGAAAUAGCUUUGGUUCGAUUUCUUGUUUGGGAUCAUGACCCCAUUGGGCGAGACUUCGUUGGACAAAGAACGCUGGCCUUUAGCAGUCUUGUACCUGGUUAUCGACAUGUGUAUUUAGAAGGGCUGACAGAAGCUUCCAUAUUUGUUCACAUAACCAUUAAUGAAAUCUAUGGGAAGUGGAGCCCCUUAAUCCUCAAUCCCAGUUACACAAUAUUGCACUUUCUAGGAGCCACAAAGAGUAAGCAACUGAUCGGACUCCGAGGGCUGUUUAACAAGAACCCAAAGCACAGUUCUGCUGAAAGCAGCGGUCAUUAUGUACGGAAGCGUUCUAUUGGUGACCGAAUUCUCCGGCGCACGGCCAGUGCUCCAGCAAAAGGUAGAAAGAAAAGCAAGAUGGGUUUUCUGGAAGCUUCUGAAAUUAAAGACAGUGCAUCCGAACCAGCAGACCUGAAGGACAAAGAAGGAGUUGUAAGGCGUACAAGCCGGAGUUUGCAAGCACGUCCUGCUUCUAUGCCAGUGGACAAAUUCCUUCUUGUAGGACUGCCGUGCACAGAAGAUGAAACUGCUCAAGAUGCCAAAGGAAAAGACAGUGCAACUGCCAACAGUGAUGGCGAUAAAACUGAGAAGGAAACAAACUUGAAGGAAUCUCUUUUCACGUGUUCUGAGAAAACUGCGGAUCAUUCAAACUUGGCAUCUCCCUUGAAAAAGGAGAGCGCCCAGAAGGAAACUACAGCUGAUUUUUCCCUUGUACCCCAGGAGCAGCCCGAGCAUUCGGUUGCUGUAAGUGAUGUAACCGAAACAAACCGCCCCAUAAGCAAUCAGGAAAGUCUCCUUCCUGCUGAAACGGUGCCUCCGAUUCCGGACUCUGCCUUUGAGCGCAUCACAGAAAAAAUACAGGGCAAGAGCUGUGCAGGCAGUAGAAGGGCAGAUGACACAAACAGGUGUGAGGAGAAAAUAACUCCUGUCAGGACUUGCCUUCCUGAAAAAGUAGAGGAGGUUGAAAAUCUCAAAUAUGACAUCAUCCACAGAAGCACUGUGGCGUGUCUUUCUGUGACAGAUAGUUCUCCUGCCGUCUACUCUGAUGCUCCUGGUUUAUGCUCCUCUUCAACCAUGCAAGACAGCGACAUCUCCCGCCUCAUAGACGAAGUUUCUUUGGUGACUGAGAGCGAGAUGGACAGCGCUGUCUCAGCUCUGAUCGGCCAGCUGGAUGUCACCGAUGACCAAACCAGCCUCACCGCACCGAUGCUCCCUGGCGCUGGCAGCCGGGCCUUCAGUGCUGUGGCCACACGCACACUGACUGCAGAGCUCAGCACUCCCUGUAAGAAGGACUUCAUUGCCACACAGUCCAGCAAGUCCCCGUUAUUUUCAACUCCAGACUCUGCCGUGUUCCCCAGCCCCGAGACUGCGGAGUAUUCUGUGUACACAAUUAUCCACGAGGCAACUCUUACACCCGGUUCUGAAUUUAAGACCCACAGUGGGUUAGUUUGCAAGCAGAAGUCAAAGAGUGCAGAAAAUAACUUGCCUAGCUCUUUUUGUUCUUCACCUUUCUCUUUGCUGAAUGCAAAUCCCCAAAGAAAAUGUGAAACAAGCUGGGAAGCCCCCGGCUCUGCGGGUUCUUUUGCUUCCAGUAGCCUCAUCUUUGAGGAGAUGCUUGUGGACCCUCCCAUGGGCGAGAAUUCGGAAAGCAGCAGUCUUGUAGAGUUAGGUGGGGAUUCCCAAGACCUCUUGGUAACUGCGUGCGCGUACAAAAGGGAAGAUGUGAGCCAAUUGGCUUCCCCUUUAAAACUGAGGCAGCAGCAGGACAGCAGGUGCUGUGGUGAGAGGACCUUUGGAAACUGUGCAAGUGCUGGGCUCUGUGCUGCUGCCCUGGACUGCUCGGAUAACUUUAGGACUGCGGGAAGCAAGCUCCCUUUUCCGGCCUGUGAAAAUGUUGGUUUUCUACAUCAUCGUCACGCAGAUGAGCAGAAAGAUUUGAUGUGUACCUCCAGGAGGUCCCAACUCGAUGUGCACUCACCAGUGCUCAGAGGCGCGUUGGCUUUCCCACCCUCCCCAGCCAUCAAACAGACCAGCCCUUGCAAGUCCAAGAGCCUUGGUGACUUGACAUCGGAAGAUAUUUCCUGCAAUUUUGAAAGUAAGUAUCAGUACAUAAGUAGGAGCUUUGUCACAUCUGGCAUGAGAGACAAGAAGCUCGCUGCCAUGAAGACGAUGAGACCGCACUCUACGGAUGCUUUGACGGAACAGCUGAGAAAGCUGCUGUCCCUGGACCAGGACGACAGCCAGCAGAUGCUGUAUUCCAGGCGGCUCGACGAGGACUGCCCAAAGGCACUGGUCAGAAAGCUGUCGUCCAGGAGCCAGAGCAGAGUGCGGAACAUCGCCAGCCGUGCCAAGGAGAGGCAGGAGGCCAGCAAGCAAAAAUCUUCCACCGCAGGCAGCAUAGCGGGGGUCGUCCUUCGGAACAAGCCUUCGGCGUCCCCUCACGUCGUCAACAGGCACUCGACGGGCUCCUACAUAGCCAGGUACCUGGGCAGCUUCCCUGAGGAGGCAGCAGAGGGCCGGGGCCGACCUGAGGGCACGUGUGCUGCCUGGCACCGCGGCUGUGCUGAGCGGCUGUGUGCGCACAGCCCCCUGCUGCAGCUGGAGCCCGACGGCGACGAGAAGCCUGAAGUCUAUUUCCUGCUGAGGCUGUAGGGUGGAUAAACGUACGUCUUCAACGUUUACAAACCAUUUCACUGAAAUGAAGGAUUUUUAGAAAGAAAUGCUGUUUUGAGGCUUUAAAUUAUUCAGAAAUGCAGUUUCGUGCUGGUGGUCCAGUCGCAGUUCAUUGUUCCUUUUCCUGUCGAAACUUACGUAAAUAAAACCAUACUCCAUCCUUAUGUAUGUAUUACUUUAAUUUAGCAGUUACCGAGGAGGUAGGCCGGGGGCUAGCUGCACGCAUUUGUAGCAUUCUGUAUUCGUAAUGCACGGCUCCAGGGCAUGACAUUGCAAUGAAUGCAAGAGUAUUUUUCUGUUUUCCCGAAGUCUGCUGUUUGAGAAAACAGUUCCAGUGAUUGCUUUUGGCCUUUCAUGUGAAUGCUGCAUGGAUUGCUUUCUGUUCCUGGUGACUGCAUGGGCUGACUGCUGAGCCAGGCCCUCCCCAGCAGCACACCCGAGCAUCGCCUUCACUCAGCUUUGUACCCAGAUGCUAAUGGUAAUAUUACAUGUUCCCUUGUUUGGACCGUGGUUCUGCAACAAACAAUUAGUACGAUUAGGGUUAGUCCACGUUUGUGAGGAGUGCAUAGAUUUGUCUUCUGCCCACUCUGAAGUAAAACAACCAUUGUGUUCUGUCUUUGUCAGUGUGUGGAUGCCCAUUUCAGGACCGAGUGGAAUGUGGGGGUGAAUCCGGAUUUGUGAAUAGAAAACAUAAUUUCUGCAUAUUUUCUGUAUUUUUGCUAUCGGCUGUGUUUGUAGCAGAUUGGUUUUCUGUAUAUUUGUAAUUUUAUUGCUAAAGUGUUGAUAGUCGUCGAUAUUUAAAGCUGAUAUAGUAGAAUAACUAUUUUGACUGUCCUUCAUCUUUUUCUAUGAAUGUUGGAAGUGAAUUGCUGAGUAACCUCAAACACCUGGAGCUUCCCUGUAGGGAACAACAUAGCUUUAUUUUGGUUUAAAGAUAUUUGCCUUUGCUGUAAGUUUUUUCUUAUAUGUAAAAGAUGUACCUUAUACCUCUUUCUUUUGUAAUGCAGAGUAUUGUUGUUCUUGAGAACACCAUUAAAAUAGAUUUUUAAGCA